UUCAGAGAUUAGGGUUUAACAAAUGGAUACCGAGAGAGAAGAAGAAGGAAUGCAAAUCGUUCAAUCCAAUGACGAAACCGGCGACAAUUUCAAUUCAAUCCAGGUCGACGGAGGAAGACCUAGUCCUGAUAAGGACAAAUCCAGCAUUCGUUAUCGUGUCCUCUUAGCCAUCACCUACACAUCUCUGUUCGUAGGUUCCCUAUCUUCAAGCUUGCUUUCCAGAUUCUACUUCAUUCAUGGCGGCUCAAGCAGGUGGGUUUCCACUUGGGUUCAAUCCGCUGGUUUCCCUCUCCUCCUCUUCCCCAUCUACCUCCCUCCCCUCUUCAAUUCCAACGAAACACUAAAUCGUCGUCGUCCCUUCUCUCAUUUCACCCAUAAGCUUCUCAUCAUAACCGUGGGGAUGGGUUUGAUCUCUGGUUUAAGCAAUUUCUUCUUCUCAUGGGGCAUUUCCUAUCUCCCUCUCUCAACCUCAGCUCUCCUCCUCUCCUGCCAACUCGCUUUCAAUCUCAUCUUUUCAGUGCUCAUCGUGAAGCAGAGAAUCGUCUUCUCCAACCUCAACGCUGUUAUUCUCAUCACCCUGAGUUCAAUCCUCUUAGCAAUCGGAUCAAGCCAUGAUAGACCCAAAGGGGUAACACAGAAACAAUACUUUCUGGGCUUCUUCGCCAUUCUCUCAGCGGGAUUGCUAUUCGCUCUCUUUCUGCCAUUUUCGGAGAUGAUUUACAAGAAAAUGGUUCAGUGUUACGAGAUGGUGAUUGAAAUGCAGUUCAUCAUGGGAGCAGUUGCGACGGUGUUAGCUGCCGUUGGAAUGGCGUUAGACGGAGGGUACAGAGAGAUGGGGAAAGAGAGCAAGAACAGUUUUGAUUUGGGAACGGUAGCUUAUUGGUUGACGGUGGGAUUUAACGUCAUAACAUGGCAGAUGUGUUUUAUGGGGUCGGCAGGGUUGGUUUACCUGACGACGGCGUUGACGGGGGCGAUAUGCAUGACGGCGUUACUUUCCAUGAACGUGUUUGGAGGUGUUAUAGCGUUUGGGGAUGAGUUUGGUGGGGCGAAGGUGGUGUCAACUGUAUUGUGUAUUUGGGGGUUUUGUUCUUAUGUGUAUGGGGAGUAUAGAAAAAUGGUGAAAGAGAAAGGAGAGAAGCGGAAUGAUCAGGAGAUGGAGAUUGAGAUGCUUGGUGUUGACUGAUGUUUAUUUUGAAUCUUAAUUU